AUCAUUAUCAGGUGACGUUCUUUAGCUUCUUCAUGUCUACCGUUGUUUGGGUCAGACCAUUGUGCAGUACACAAGAGCAACAAGAAUUACCAUUAUCAGGUAAUGCGUUUUAGCUUUGGCAUAUCAUACCAUUCUACUUUGUUACUUUCGUCGGUUCGGUUACAUGCAAUUUUCUAUAUAAGCAUAAUUUAAGCAUACGAUUAGUUUUAUAGUCGUCUGGCAAAGGAAUUGGAUGGUACUUGGAGCGUACACAGGAAAUAGUGAAAAUAAAUAUUAAUUGAAAUCGUGGUUUUAUUUUAGUGCAAAUCCGUCAUUUAUAGCUGGUUUAGUUUGAGUGUUAAGUACAAUCCUAAACAUUUUUGGUGUCUCCUGUGAGGUAUAACGUUCACAUUGUUAAAGUAGAUGGCGAUUUGUUUGCUUUAACGGAGGAGAUUUUCAACAACAUUUGCAUCAAAUUGAAACGUAAAAUGUCAGCAUCUAGCGAGAUCCCCAAACAGGAGUACAGUCAGGCACCAGACAUGCGGUUGUAUCCCGUUUCAAUUCCAAGCCUGGACGGACAGCUGUCAAAUUGGUUAGCGUUCAAGGAUAUGUUUGAUACGCUUGUUCACAACAGAAGUGUCUUACAGCCCACCUAUAAACUGGGAAAAUUACGACAAUAUGUGAGAGCGGAAAAUGUUCCAUUAAAAGGUUGCUUAUACACAGGUGGGUAUGAAGAAGUCUGGGCUGAAUUGAAACAACGUUAAGACAAAAACCGUAGUCUUUCGGAGCAGCAUGUUGAGCAUCAACUAGACUUACCGACCCAUCCGACCUCAAGCUACGCUACUAAAUUUUGUGGAUAGUGUUCCUAAAUCGUUUAGAGCGCUUGAAAUAUUGAAUGUGUAGCCGAUAGCAACGUUACGAUCUGUUUAAUGAGAAACUUCAAAAACAAACCAACGGCGGUAACAAAAGAGUUCAGUUGGUUAGCAGCAGUUGAAAGAACCAGACACACAUAAAUUGACCUUUUUAAUUAUAGUAAAUAUAUACAUAUGGGCAAUUUACAAGCUUUGUCUUAUGUCUUCAGAUUCAAUCAGAUACUUCGUGUUCGCUCGGAGGAAUGCAAACGUAUCUUAGAAUUAAUUAAAAAUUACGCUGUUUUUAAAACAAGUUCAAAUGCUACACAACAUCCAAUCAAAUUGCAACUCAAAAUAGUGCUGUAUCGGUUGGGAUCUUCCGGCGAUGGACAAUCUGUGCGCAAAGUGGCCUCCUUAUUCUAUGUGAGUGAUAGAGGCACUAUUAAAAAUGUAAUACAACGAAUUUUUAAAGCCAUAUUGCGAUUAAAAAAUGAGUUUUUAUACUGGCCCAAUGAAAGAGAAAGGCUGAAGAUUGCGUCCGCAACUGCCAAAGAAAUGCCAGGGUGUGUAGGCUACAUCGAUGGUUCCGAAAUAAAAUUUGCCGAAGCUUCAGUUAUGCAGCAUGAAAUUUACUCGCGUAAACGCAAUAUUCUGUAAAAAUACAAACGAUUUGCGACUAUAAAUUGCGCAUUAAUCAAGUAACGAUUGGUACCCAGGUGGUGUACAUGACGCGGAAAUAUUUUCAAAUUGUUCACUCGCAAAACAUCCGGAACAAUUCUUAUCGACAUCAAAGUACAUUCAUUGCAACAUGGUUUUCAUUGUAUUGUAUUUUCAUAUAUACAUUUCAAAAGGAACUGCCCGCUUCAACCACAUAUCCUACAUCCAAUAGACUUGUCGAAUUGCUUUUUAUCAAGGUCAUCAAACUGUCUUCCACUACUGCAGAACUAUUCAAUCUGCUGCCGAAAAUAUCACCCAACUCCUCAUAGAAAAAUCAUAUUUUGUGUAAAGUAUUAAAAGAAAAAAUUAUGGUCACAACUAAAAAAAUGAGAUUUCAUUAAAAUAAUUUACUUUUUGUCGCCUUCCAUACUUCCUGCAUCUGUCGACCCAUCCCACGCCUUUGCUUUAUUAUAACUAGUGCGCAUGUUGCGAACUUUUGCGCGCACUACUUUCCAUCCUACCACCACUUGCCUUUCUUCAAUAAACCGACCAUCGAAAUUUGA